UAAGUUUUGACGCGUUUCGAAUGCUUUUCGAGGAAGCGCUGCGUCCAAUUCUUUCCCAGGCCCUCCUCUGGAAAAUCAUCACCUAAUCGGGCCCUCAAGAUACCCUCAACAACCUCCCGAAGACCUUCGUGAUCAAGGGGCAAGCCUCUGAUCGACAUCUCCUCAACAUACUGCAGAACAGUCUCCGCCUCCUCUGGAAGUAACCAGGAUCGGGCAGCAUUGGCAUUUGCCCGGCUGCGUUUUCCCUUCGCCCAACGGCUGCAAGUCAUGUGAGAAAGGUGAAUGGAUCUUUUGUACUCUGCCCGAAACUCUUCCUCGACGAUUUCACAGAAGUAUCGCGUCCCUUUGCGUCGCUCUUUGGGCGCAAGCGGCCGCUGCUGGUCUGCAAGAUAGAGGUCAACAGCCCGCUGCAUGUAGCAGUCAUGCAGCCCCUGCUCCACGCGCUGCUUGCUGGACUCGGAUUGGGCGCGUCCCGGCGUGAUGUAACGGGAGAGUGGCGGUCAGAGGCGCUCAGGCGCGUCAACAAACGUGCUGACGCGUAUCGCGUGAUGUGACUGGCACAAUCCUAGCCUCGAUAAGACCUCUGAACAUAUUUUUACAUUUUGAAAUGUCAUGUGUAUGUAUCAAUUGAAAUUGAAGGGGAAAAUGUCG